UCUUCCCUUUACUUUGAUCACUUUUCAACUUCCUAAAUCUCUUCACAGUUACUUUCGAUUUUCCGAUUUCGUAGCUUCGAAAAUGUUCUCCAGCAGCCAAUUCGAGCCUAAUUCCGGCUUCUCCGGCGGCGGAUUCAUGUCUUCUCAACCUUCUCAAGCCUACGAAUCCUCCUCCUCCACCGCUAAGAAUCGUGAUUUUCAAGGUCUUGUUCCAGUGACGGUGAAGCAAAUCACCGAAUGUUUCCAAUCCAGUGGUGAAAAAUCUGGUCUCGUCAUCAAUGGAAUCUCACUAACAAACGUUUCACUUGUUGGAUUAGUGUGUGACAAAGAUGAAUCUAAAGUCACAGAAGUUAGAUUCACUCUUGAUGAUGGAACAGGACGAAUUGACUGUAAAAGAUGGGUGAGUGAAACUUUCGACGCUAGAGAAAUGGAGUCUGUGCGAGAUGGAACUUAUGUGCGCCUCAGUGGUCAUUUGAAGACUUUUCAGGGCAAAACUCAGCUUCUUGUUUUCUCUGUGAGGCCUAUUAUGGACUUCAAUGAGGUUACUUUUCACUACAUUGAGUGUAUACACUUCUACUCCCAGAACUCUGAAUCACAGAGACAACAAGUCGGUGAUGUCACUCAGUCAGUUAACACCACAUUUCAAGGUGGAUCAAACACAAACCAGGCAACACUAUUGAACCCUGUGGUUUCUUCUCAAAACAAUGAUGGCAAUGGGCGCAAGAACUUGGAUGAUAUGAUUCUAGACUAUCUAAAGCAACCUGCUUGCACUGCAAGACAACAGGGGAUACAUAUCGAUGAAAUUGCUCAGCAGUUGAAGAUCCCAAAAAACAAGCUAGAGGGCGUUGUUCAAUCACUGGAAGGAGAUGGUCUAAUAUACUCGACAAUCGAUGAGUAUCACUUCAAGCACGUGGAGCUUUGAUCUAUCUAAUAGUCAUCUAGAGUUUGGUUAAUCCGUAGAUAGAGUCAUUAGUAUUGUCUGGUGAUUUAAAAGAUGUUUCAAUAUCCAGAACUAUUAGGAUCACGUCUAGUUCACUUCUGAAACUUUGGUAGUGUCAUGCUUAAUUCUGGUGUUGGAUUGUUUCCUUGUUUCUUUCAAUUUGGUUUGCGACAGAGAGGGCAAGAGUUAUUAUGACCAAUCACCCACUUGGUGACACAUCCUUCAUGAUAACAAUGCUUACAAUAAGGCAUCUGGCAAUAAUUCUCAGAUCUCGACAUAUUCUCCAAACAGAUUGCACAAGUCUCCGAUUCUUCUUCUUGGUCCACAUCUGUUGCUGACGGAGAAGAAAUACAAGGGACAACACUGUAUACCUUUUGAGUCAAUUUGACAGAGACAAUCAUGAAUAAAGGUUGUUGUUGUGAGUAAAAACUUUGACUUCUUUGUCGUUGGGCUUCGACAAUCUUAGAAGAUAUCUGUUCGGACAUGACAUGAUCGUGGAGUUGGCUUUGGAGACGGUGAAAGACGUCGUUUGGUUUAAAACAUGGUAGUUUCAGAGAGAUUAGUGGGUCGUGGCAAGAAGAAUCAGGGUAAGAACCGAGACUCGUGACACUAUCAUCUUUCUCUUUAAUGAGAAAUUCCUCGACUUCUCUAUGUAGACUGAUUACUACGGUGCUUAAGAACCCUAAUGACCGACCUUGAGACCAAGCCUGAACAUGAACAUCGAGUUUGAAUGAUUCAGUAUCCAUUCUCGUAGUGAAAAUUAGACAAAAAAUCAGAGAGAAAGAUGAUUCGUAAAAGAUUAGAUGAGAGAGGAGAUUGUAGUGAAAUCUGAAAUUGUGGAGAAGUGAAUGUGUAAUGUUAUGUUUAUAUAAGCAAAACUCUGAUUAUAAUUGUUCGAACGCGUUAAUUGUAAUUUCCUUUCUUUAUUCUAACCGUUAAUGUAAUUUCCUUUUCUCC